CGUUUUUCGAAGUUGUUCAAAGCACAUUCAAGCCCAAUUCAAAAGGAUUAUUGCUUACUGCCCGUUUUGCUCCAUCAGUAUUUGUAUAAUGAUUGGAGUUUUCAGUCAACUAUUAAGAAACACGCGUUCCAGUAGAUUACCUAAUCUUCUCCAGUGGAGGAAAACGUGUGCAUUUGAUUUUACGCUCAGAACGAUGUUGGAAAAAUCGGCUGUAAAAAUCGGCACGCACGAUGGCACUUUUCACUGCGACGAGGUGCUCGCCUGUGCUCUCUUAAAGUUGUUACCGCAGUACAAGGAUGCUUCUAUUGUGAGAUCUCGAACUCUGAGUGUCUUAGACUCCUGUGAUAUCGUAGUGGAUGUUGGUGGAGAAUAUGAUCCCUCCAGGCACCGAUACGAUCAUCAUAUGAGGGAAUUUCAGGAAACAGUGAGUAGUGUUAUGAAGAAACCAGGGUAUGACUGGACAAUAAAAUUAAGCAGUGCAGGCUUGAUCUACUGUCAUUUUGGUCAUGAAAUAUUGAGGAGUACACUUCCAGAGAUAACAGAAGACAGAGUCAUUGAUGAGAUCUUUAAAAAAAUUUAUGAUACUCUAAUUAAAGAAAUUGACGCUAUAGAUAACGGUGUGCCGAUGUAUGAUGCGGAACCAUUAUAUCGAAUAGUUACUGAUUUAAGCGCGCGAGUGAGCAGACUUAAUCCUCAAUGGAAUAGCCAAGAUGUGAAUAUUGAGGAACGAUUCGAAAAAGCUAUGGCUUUGGUUUUGGAAGAAUUUCUGGAAUUUGUACAGUAUACAAAAAAUGUUUGGCUACCAGCGAGAGAUAUUGUGCGACACGCUGUGGAGGAUCGAUUUAAAGUUGAUUCGAGCGGCGAGAUAAUAUUGUUGUCGCAAACGGUACCGUGGAAGGAGCAUUUGUUUCAAUUAGAAAAAGAAAUGAACAUUGCGCCGUCGAUAAAAUACGCCGUUUUCGAAGCUGACGACAGCUAUCGGGUUCAAUGUAUGCCGGUAGCGCUGGGCAGUUUCGUAUGCAGGAUUUUCUUACCGGAAGCGUGGGGCGGUUUACGUAACGAUGCGCUUGUGGAAGUCUGCGAGAUCGAAGGCGCCAUGUUUGUACAUUCCGUUCGAUUUAUCGGCGGCCAUAAAACCAAAGACGGCGCAUUGGCCAUGGCGCGAAAGGCGCUCGAAAUUGGACAUGCCGCGCAAUGUAUAAAUUAACGAUAUCUAGAUCGGUAAUUUUCUUUUUUAUAACUUUUUUCCGUUUUAAAUUAUUGUGUGAAUUUUUUUAAAUAUAUAGUUUAAAUUAAACUUUUAAAUAUCACAUUUAUAUACAUUUCUAUAGGAAACAAAGUUUUAUCUGUUAAAUUGUCAUACGCCGAGUAUGAUUGAAUAAGGAACAAUAAUAUAAAUCGCAUAAUGUGACU